AUGUUAGGGAAGUUCAAUCGUCGAAGUAUUAAUAAUUUUAGACGUUUUAAUCAUAAAGUAAUAAAUAUGGAAGGAAUUUCUAGUGUAUAUGACUCGAAGAAAAGAAGAAGCACUGAAAGCCCGACCGAAAGCAGUGCCAGCGAAAUCUCGUCUAACAGUGAUGUCAAGGAAGUCAAAAUCACGAAACGUCUCAGAAAAAAGAAUUUAGGUUCUGGAGAAUUGCGUGAUAGUGUUGGUUUCAAAUUAAAAAUGCAAGACUCAGGCACAGCGAGUCACAGGCAGGUGGAUCCAGAGUACGAUGUUGAAAUAAAAGGUAAUCUGAGGAUAGUUCUGCCGUAUUAUUUUACUUAUAAAACCUUCUGCAAGUUGAGAUGGAGAGAUAGGAAACUAUUGGAUGUCUUUGUUGACGAAUUUCGUGACAGGGAUCCGAGUUAUUAUAAGAAAGUCAUUUCCAGUGGUGGUGUAUUGCUGAAUGGCAAUCCUUCGACUUUGGAUACAGUGGUACGUAACGGUGAUCUCAUCACCCAUAAGCUACACAGGCACGAGCCAGCAGUGUCUGCAAAACCAAUUAAAACCGUUUAUGAGGACGAAAACAUUUUGGUAAUAGACAAACCGAGCGGAGUCCCAGUCCAUCCAACAGGGCGUUAUCGGUUCAAUACCAUCACUAAAAUUCUCCAGAGACAAUUGGGUUACGUUGUUCAUCCUUGUAAUAGACUUGAUAGACUGACAAGUGGUUUGAUGUUUUUGGCUAAAACUCCGAGGGGGGCUGACGCGAUGGCAGACCAGAUGAAGGCUCGAGAGGUGAGAAAAGAGUAUGUUGCACGUGUGGUUGGCGAGUUCCCCGUGCACGAAAUUACCGUCGAUAAGCCACUAAAGAUUGUUGAGCCUAAACUGGGGCUCAAUGCUACCUGUGAACCUGAAGAAGAAGGUGCGAAGGAAGCUAAGACACGUUUCCAGCGCAUCAGCUAUGAUGGUGAAACAAGUAUUGUAAAGUGCCAACCUUACACCGGCAGAACGCACCAAAUUCGUGUGCAUCUGCAGCAUUUGGGGUUUCCAAUAGCAAACGACCCGAUAUAUUCGAACCCGCAAGUAUGGGGCCCCACCUUGGGUAAAGGUUGCGUGGCUGACUAUGAUCAAGUCGUGUCACGUCUGAAUAUGGUAGGAAAGACAAAAUCUGCAGAGAGCUGGUACUACCCAAACUCCGAAGGAGAGGUCUUAAUGGGCGCCAAGUGCCCAAGCUGUGAAGGAGAACUCUAUACAAAUCCAGGCCCUAACGAUCUCGAUCUGUGGCUACAUGCAUACCGCUACGAAUCAACUGAGUUCGAUAAGGAAGGCGCCAAAAAGUGGAGCUAUUGCACCGAGUUUCCAGACUGGGCCAUUGAAUCCCAUAAGAAAUAUAUGGAAAUGGCCAUUGCUGAAGCGAAAAAGUGCACCCCCGUAAAAUCCGCCUUUAGCGUUGGUGCAGUUCUAGUGAAUGGUCUAGAAGUCCUCUCUACUGGUUACUCAAGAGAGUUACCAGGAAACACACACGCUGAACAAAAUGCACUGGAGAAAUAUUUCAACCGCACAAAAGAAAGCCAAGUCCCUCCAGGAACUAUAUUAUACACAACUAUGGAGCCAUGUAGCCAUAGACUGAGCGGCAAUGAACCAUGUGUUCAGAGAAUUAUCGACCAGCAACGCAAUAUUGCUACUGUUUUUGUUGGUCUUAUGGAACCAGACAACUUCGUUAAACACAACAAAAGUAAAGUACUUCUGGCGAAACACGACAUAGAAUACGUACGAAUCCCGGGCUAUGAAGAUGAGUGCAGCAGAGUGGCCUUAGAAGGCUUAUGA